GAUCUUCCCUCCCCCUCCGCGCGCGGGCUGUUCCGCUUCCAUCACUUGCCUCCCGAUUUUUAGCUAUUUCUCCUAUCUACGAGCAGGCGACUAACAUGGAUGUUGUAAAUCAGUUGGUUGCCAAUGGGCAGUUCAGGGUGCUGAAAGUCCCAUUGGGCUUCAUCAAAGCGUUACAAUGGGUGUUUGCCAUCUUUGCAUUCUCCACCUGCGGGAGUUACUCCGGCUCCUUCAGGAUGAGCGUGGAGUGCAGGAACAGAUCAGACAGUGACCUGAAAAUAGAUGUGGAUUUUGAUUAUCCAUUCAGGCUCCAUCAAGUGUAUUUCGAUGCCCCCGCCUGCAAGAAUGGCCAGACUGAACGUUUCUUCCUGGUCGGGGAUUACUCGUCCUCGGCAGAGUUCUUCGUCACCAUAGCCGUUUUUGCAUUUCUGUAUUCCAUGUCCGCUCUCAGCAUCUAUGUCUUUGCCUUUGAGAAGUACCGCGAAAACAAUAAAGGACCACUGAUUGAUUUUGGCGUGACGUGUGUAUUCACCUUCAUGUGGCUGGUGAGCUCGGCAGCAUGGGCGAAGGGUUUGUCGGAUGUCAAGACAGCUACAGACCCAGAGAAGGUUCUGGAACUGAUCCCCGCCUGUGAACAGGAAGGCAACCGCUGCCGUGAAGUUCACGACCCCGUCAUGUCCGGUCUUAAUACUUCUGUGGUCUUUGGCUUCCUCAACCUGAUCUUGUGGACAGGUAACCUGUGGUUUGUAUUCAAGGAGACCGGGAUCAUUGCACCCUUUAUGCGCCAACAGCCCGCCCAAGAGAAGCAGCCCGCCCCUGAUUCCUAUGGACAGGGAGGUUAUGGGCAGCCUGACCCGUACGCUGGCUCCCAGGGAGGCUACCAGCCCGACUACAGCCAGCAAGGCUACAAUCAGGGUGGCGAAUACGGUCAGGCCGGCUAUGAACAGCAGGGGGCACCCACCUCCUUUUCCAACCAGAUGUGAGUGAAGAAAUAUCUGAGGAAGCGGAAGAUGGCUGGUGAGUGGAAG